CACACACUCAAAGUUGAAGUAAGUACAGGAAAGGCUAUAGUUUUUGUCCACCAGCAAAGGUUCUACCCAGUUGACGUUUCUCAGCCUUCAGAUCAAAUAUUUAUUCAGAAAAGACCUUAAGAUUGUUUUCUUUCCUUUUUUAUGCGAUCAGUAAAAGUUGCCGUGAGUUUGCUAAAAGUUUGCUCGUUAGGACAUUCCUCCGAGGAUUGCAAAAGUGGACGGGUGGUGGUGGGGGGAGUUUAACCCAGAUUAGUAUCUUUAUGCUUUUUCACGUGAAAGAGCCCUUAUAAAAACAGACGACAUCUUGAAGAAAACGGUGGUUUGAUUGUUGCUGUUUUAAGGAAAAGAACUGAGUUUGCAGCUAAGUUUACUUUAUACAUCCAAACAUGGGAACUUAUACACUACCGGAGGGAUUCUCGGACUUUGACAUGUUUGCAUUCGGCUCUGCGCUUCUUGUUGGGGGGGUGCUGGGAUUCUUCCUCAACGCCGUCAGCAUCCUGGCCUUCCUCCGAGUGAAGGAGAUGCGAACUCCCAGUAACUUCCUCGUGUUCAACCUGGCUUUGGCUGACAUCAGUCUGAAUGUAAACGGUCUCACAGCUGCUUAUGCCAGCUAUCUCAGGUACUGGCCAUUUGGUCAAGAUGGUUGUAAUUAUCACGCUUUCCAGGGGAUGAUAUCAGUCCUGGCUUCUAUCAGUUUCAUGGCUGCGAUCGCGUGGGACAGAUAUCACCAGUACUGCACCAGACAGAAGCUCUUCUGGAGCACGACAGUGACGAUGAGCAGCAUCAUCUGGAUUCUUUCCAUCUUCUGGUCCGCCGUUCCACUCAUGGGAUGGGGCGUCUAUGACUUUGAGCCAAUGAGGACAUGCUGCACGCUUGACUACACUAGAGGAGACAGGGACUACAUUACCUACAUGCUUACUUUGACGGUCCUCUACCUGACUUUCCCAGCUGUCACCAUGUAUUCUUGUUAUGAUUCCAUCUACAAACACUUUAAGAAAAUUCAUCAUCACAAGUUUAACACCAGUUUGCCCUUGAGAGUAUUGCUGUCAUGUUGGGGCCCUUAUGUCCUCAUGUGCAUCUAUGCCUGCUUUGAGAACGUGAAAAUUGUCUCUCCAAAACUGCGAAUGUUGCUUCCAGUUGUUGCAAAAACAAAUCCCAUCUUCAACUCUCUUCUCUACUCAUUUGGAAAUGAGUUCUACAGAGGAGGAGUUUGGAACUUCCUCACUGGACAGAAGAUUGUUGAGCCAGACGUUAAGAAGUCCAAAUAAAUAAAACCAAUUAACAUGUUUCUCAAAUCAUAUAAAACUCUAAUUCCCUCUUAUGAUAGACUCCUUAUACUAAUAUAGUUAGCUGUAAAGCCAUUGUGAUGCUCUUUUCUCCCUUAAUUAGACAGUAGUGAACCCUCUUGACAGUCUUUCUGUUUGUACCUGUCUCAUGAUGGAUUUGUGAAACUUAAACUUUUUUCUGCACCAAACAACUUCAAAUGUUUUUAUUAACAUUCUACUCAGUAAAUGAAAGCUACUGCUGCUGCUUGUCUUGCUGUGUGCUUUGUUUUAAAGCUGUUGUACCUGGUUAUGCAACGUCUCUUUAAUGAGAGGAAGCAGUGACUGUGUUAAGACUGUCUUACACAAUAUUACUACACUUGAAGUGCAGCGAGUCUAAUCAUUUAUUGUAAUGUAUUCAUGAAGGAAUAAAUACAAACAUGUUGUAGUGGUUAUUUUA